UCCUCCAGCCUGCUCGGCUCCGCGUAACCCGGACACCACCCCCCAGCAGCUCGGCCUGGCCAUGGCGGCCCCCCGCCCGUCUCCCGCGAUCUCCGUCUCGGUCUCGGUCUCGGCUCCGGCUUUUUAUGCCCCGCAGAAGAAGUUCGCCCCGGUGGUGGCCCCCAAGCCCAAAGUGAAUCCCUUCCGGCCCGGGGACAGCGAGCCUCUCCCGGCCGCCGGGGCCCAGCGUGCACAGAUGGGCCGGGUGGGCGAGAUCCCCCCGCCGCCCCCGGAAGACCUUCCCUUACCGCCUCCUCCCCUCCUUGGGGAUGGCGAGGACGCGGAGGGCACCCUGGGAGGUGCCUUCCCACCUCCCCCUCCCCCGAUCGAGGAAUCCUUUCCCCCUGGACCUCUGGAGGAGGAGACCUUCCCUUGCCCACCGCCUCCACUGGAGGAGGAAGGAGGGCCCGAGGCCCCUAUCCCGCUCCCACCACAGCCCAGGGAGAAGGUGAGCAGUAUUGACCUGGAGAUAGACUCUUUGUCCUCACUGCUGGAUGACAUGACCAGGAAUGACCCCUUCAAAGCCCGGGUGUCAUCUGGAUAUGUACCCCCGCCGGUGACCACUCCAUUCAUUUCCAAGACCAGUACUAAGCCUGCAGCUGGGGGCACUGCACCCCUGCCUCCUUGGAAGGCCUCUUCUAGCUCCCAGCCUGUGCCCCAGGCUCAGGCUCAGCCUCCAAGCCAGGCACAGUUUCAUGUGCAGCCUCAGGCCCAGCCCCAGCCCCAGCCCCAGGCCAAGCCUCAGGUCCAGUUCCACGUUCAGCCCCAGCCUCAGCCUGUGCCUUUGGCUAACAGUCAGCCUCGAGGCCCCCCAGCCCCACCUCCAGCCCCUAAGUUUUCUCCAGUGACUCCCAAGUUUACUCCUGUGGCUUCCAAGUUCAGCCCUGGAGCCCCAGGUGGACCCGGGUCACAGCCCAAUCAAAAGUUGGGGCCCCCUCAAGCUCCCUCUUCUACUGGCACAGGCUCCCCUCAGCCCCCCAGCUUCACCUAUGCUCAGCAGAGGGAGAAGCCCCGAGUGCAGGAGAAGCAGCACCCAGUGCCCCCGCCGGCUCCAAACCAAAACCAGGUGCGCACCUCUGGACCUCUGACCCUGAAGGAGGUGGAGGAGCUGGAGCAGCUCACCCAGCAGCUCAUGCAGGACAUGGAGCACCCUCAGAGGCAGACCGUGGCUGUCAGUGAGUCCUGUGGCCGGUGUCAGCAGCCCCUGGCACGCACGCAGCCCGCAGUCCGCGCCCUGGGACAGCUGUUCCACAUCACCUGCUUCACCUGCCACCAGUGUGAGCAGCAGCUGCAGGGACAGCAGUUCUACAGCCUGGAGGGGGCGCCCUACUGUGAGGGCUGCUACACUGACACCCUGGAGAAGUGCAACACCUGUGGGCAGCCCAUCACCGAUCGCAUGCUGAGGGCCACGGGCAAAGCCUACCACCCUCAGUGCUUCACCUGUGUGGUCUGCGCCUGCCCGCUGGAGGGCACCUCCUUCAUCGUGGACCAGGCCAACCGGCCCCACUGCGUCCCUGACUACCACAAGCAGUACGCGCCCAGGUGCUGUGUGUGCGCAGAGCCCAUCAUGCCUGAGCCCGGCCGGGAGGAGACCGUGCGGGUGGUCGCUCUGGACAAGAACUUCCACAUGAAGUGCUACAGGUGUGAGGACUGUGGGAAGGCGCUGUCCAUCGAGGCCGAUGACAAUGGCUGCUUCCCCCUGGAUGGCCACGUGCUCUGCCGGAAGUGCCACACUGCCAGGGCCCAGACCUGAGUGAGGCCCCCUCUCCACUGGGAACUCAUUCCCCAUCAGCGGACCACCCACACUGAGACCUCCCUGCUCUUCCACUGGCACCGCCCCCUGGAUUACUUUUGAUGUCUAGCCCCUCCCUCCAUUCCAAACCCCACCCAGCUUCCCAAGGGCCCUGAUCCAGGGUCCCCAGGAGGCCCAGGCUGCACAGUCCCAGCCCCGGGUUUCUAGUCCUCCCACCCUGCAGGGCCUCCCACCGCCGCCAGGUGCCCCGCCGAGGGUCCCAGGUGGGGCGCGCUUGAACUGCUGCACCCAUGCCCUCAGCUGGCCCCCCGCCGGCCCCCAGUAGCCUCCACUCUGCGUGCUGAGGGCCAGCAGCCGCCUGAGCCCGUGGCGGCUGGGCUGGGCUGGGCUCACUGGCCCGGACAUUCCCGCCGCCCCCACGCUGCCAGGUUGUGGCUACAGCUACAAAU